GUAUUCAAUUGUUAAGAUCACGUAUGUUUUUAUCAUGGUUUAUAGUAUCAUUGAUCAAACAAUGUCAGAAAUUGUCAUUUUGUUUUCUGACGUAAAUAAUAUGUGUUAUCUUUACGAGUGAUAAAAAGAGGGGAUUGUUAUACAAAGAAGUAGUUUCAACUGUAGUGCAGAUAAAAAAAUGUCGACCUCGGCUUUCCGGAAGCCACCCUCGAGUAGCACCGGUGCCCGCAAGAAGACAAUGGUGCCCAAGUUUGAGCUGACAGAGGAGCAGAAGGCUGACAUUGAGGAGGCCUUCAACCUCUUUGACACGGAAGGGAAAGGAAAAAUUGAAACCAAAGAGCUGAAGGUAGCGAUGCGUGCUCUUGGCUUUGAGCCAAAGAAGGAAGAGAUCAAGGCCAUAAUUGCAGAAGUUGACAAAAAUAACAGUGGUAUGCUGUCUAAGGAGGACUUCCUCUCACUUAUGUCAGACAAGAUGGCUGACAAGGACUCGAAGGAAGAGAUCCUGAAGGCGUUCCGCUUGUUCGACGACGACGAGACGGGCAAGAUUUCAUUCAAGAACCUGAAGAGGGUAGCCAAGGAGCUGGGGGAAAACCUCACGGACGAAGAGUUGCAGGAAAUGAUAGAUGAAGCUGAUAAAGAUGGUGAUGGUGAGAUAAACCAAGAUGAGUUUCUCAGGAUCAUGAAGAAAACCAGCUUGUAUUGAAAUAAUUUACCACCUUUUUUUAAUAACUAUUUGUGCUGGAUGAUGGAUUAGUACCCUCUUCAUAAAACUUUUUUCACGUGUGUGUUUGUGUGUGUACAAUCAACUUGAAUGUUUUUUAAUGUUCUGUAUUGAAUAUUUUUUCUGAUCUUAAAGAUCUGGGUAUGGAAUAUUUAAUUUCCAUAUCCUAUGAAUAUUGCCAAAUAUUUUUGUGUCUACCUCCAUGGCUGCAGAGUGACUGUUUAUAAAAUAUGUUUGAGUGUUUUUCAUGUAGCUUGUAAAGAUUUUAUUUUUUAAACAUUUUCUGAAUUACUGCUGAAAGUACAAUUUUGUGUACCUACUGUAAUGUGAAUUAUUUGUAAUAUUGUGAUCUGUACUGUGAUUGUGUAUAAUCUUGCAAAUUUAUUUAUGAUAUUAAUAUUAAAUCAUCAAUAAACAAGUAAAAAAAAAA